ACAAUAACAUAGGCCUUUUUUUGACCUCCAGCAGCACCAUCACCACCAUACUGACACCCUCAAAUGAUCACCCAUAACCACCACCACCCACCGGAUCAACACACAUAUUUGUUUGGAGUUUUACUUACACCCUUUUACAUAAGUGAUAAUAUUUCAUGAUCAUAGAGGUGUAUCAACGUUAUUUUGGGUUUGUUUACCUUAGCAGCUGUCUAAUUUUUACAUCAACUAAUUGUAAUAUAUUUCUUGAUUCUUGGACCUUUGAAAUUAUCUUCUUAUCAAUUCAAAUUGAAUUAGGUGGUGGUCACAGGUUAAUGCUAGCAAUUCUUGGCAAGAAAAGAAGUUGGUGAAUGAACUUGGAAGAUUGUGCGUUAUAGUUGCUCACUUCUGAUAUCAAAAUCAUAGGCAAUUAGUAUUUUUAGUCUUUUUGGUUCUUUUUGCCAUAGCGAAUAUGGCAGAUCUCCUACCACUUGGUACCAUUUUGGCUGUAGCUAUUAACCAGGUCAUCAAAACGGCUCAUGCUGCCAAAGAUAUAGUUAUAGAAAAGGAGAGUUUCAGGAUCCUCUCGGCUCACCUAUUUGAUAUUGCGCGUGUCCUAAAGGAGCUGGAGCUAGGAAAAUUGAACGAAUCACCAAUUGCAGGAAAAGCUUUGGAGAAUCUUGACACAGAUGUGAAAAGGGCCAAUGCCCUUGUGGAGAAGUACAAGAAUUGCGGCCGCUUCUACUUGCUGAUAAAGUGCAGGCACAUUGUCAAGGAGGUACAAGAUAUAACAAGAGAUAUUGGGAAGUCGCUAAAUACUUUAUGCCUGGCAAACACCGAGGUCCUAUCUGGGAUAUCCGAUCAAGUAAUCAGGUUACAAAGCGAGAUGCAAAGAGCCGAAUUUGUAACCAGUCAAUCUAAACUCCAAAUCCUCGAUAAAUUGGAUCAAGGGCUUACGAAUCAAAAACUUGAUCAGGGCUUUGCCAAUGAUAUCAUCAAGGAUAUAGCGAAGGCGGUUGGCGUGACUGUUGAACCCUCUGAGAUAAGGAAAGAACUAGAUAGCUUCAAGAGAGAGAAAGAAGAAGCGCAAAACCGAAAAGAGAGAGCCGAGGUUUUUUUCUUGGAGCAGAUCAUUAAGUUGUUGUCCCGAGCAGAUGCAGCUAGGGACUAUGAACACAUAAAAGAUCAGUAUAUGCAAAGGCUACGGGCGAUUGAAUGUUAUGAUUCAAGAGAAGAAUCUAUUCCACCUUAUAAGGCUUUCAUUUGUGGCAUUACUAAAACCGUAAUGGUGGAUCCUGUUAGCCUCUCCAAUGGUACUGCAUACUCGAGGGUGGCUAUUGAAGAAUGGUUCGAGUCUGGAGAAAAAACGGAUCCUGUCACGGGUGAAUCACUUGAAGAUUUAUCUUUCAGAUCAAAUAUUCAAUUGAGAGAGUCGAUUGAAGAAUGGAAAGAGCUCAACUACUGCAUGAGAAUUAGAUCCUGCAAGCCAAAAUUGCUGUCUGAAAAAGAUUCAUCUGUGAAAGAUGCCCUUUUCCAAAUCCAGGAGCUUAUAACAGAGGAUUCAAUCAAUAAAGAUUGGAUUUCCAUUGGCGGUCUCACUGAAUUGCUCAUUAGCGUACUCCCAAACUUGGAUAACCAACAACUCAAAACAGAAGUAUUAGUUACAUUAAAGAAUGCCGUUGAAGGACAUGCAAGAAACAAGGAUCUCUUGCUCGAGAACGAGGGGUUUUGUCACAUUGUUCCAUGCUUAGGGUGUGAAUCCAGUCUAUCUAAAGCUGCUUUAGACUUGAUACUUGAACUAGUGAUCGAGGAAUCUGGCCAUCAUAUGGAUUAUACCAGGGAACUCUCGCAGCAAUGUAAUCCGGUUUCCUUUCUUAUUACCAUCCUAAAGGGUUCAGAGGUGACUUUAGCUGAGAAAGCACAAGAAAUCUUGCAGAAACUCGUAGAUGUUGAUCAAGAAAAUGUUAUUAGGGCCGCCAAAGAGGAAUGGUAUGGACCUCUUGUCCAUCGGAUAAUUCAAGGUUCAAAAUCGACAAAAAUGGCGAUGGUGAGAGGGAUUGUUAAUUUGGAGCUUGAAGAAAAUAACACAAAGUUCUUAGGUGAACAAGGGCUGAUUCCACCAUUGCUUGAAAUGGUAUCUUCUGAUCUUGAAGCGAAGGAAUUGUCGCUAUCUAUGCUCAUAAAGCUUUUAGGAAGUCGGGAGAACAAACCGCUUUUCGCAGCCGCUGGUGCAGUUCCUCUUAUGGUGGAUCUCAUGUGUUCUUCCCCUUUACACAUCAUCAUUCUCGCUAAAUGCUCGGAAAUCCUCGAUAAACUUGGUUCCAAUGGCGAUGGGAUCAAGUUUCUUGUCGACAUGAAUGGAGUCCAACUCGAUCUAAACUCUUUAGUCGAGAACCUGCUGGCUUUUCUACGAAAUUCCCGUUUACCUUACAAUGUAUUGAGGCCUGUUUUACGGGCACUUUUUAAAAUUUGUGAAUCUGAUGGCGGGCUCGUGAAGACCGCGGUUCUUACCGCUAGCGGUGUGUCUUUAGUCCUAACUCUUCUUGAUCAUCCCGAUAGUGAAACACGUGAAGCCGCCAUCAACCUCCUGUUCUUGUUCUCGAAUCAUGAACCACAGGGAGUUGCGGAGUUCCUUCUGAAACCGAGAAGAUUAGAGGCUUUUGUUGGUCUUCUUGAAAACUCUAACAAAAGUGAUGUACAGAAGGCUGCAGUUGGUUUAUUAGCAAAUGUUCCGAAAUCGGAAGUUAUUCUCACGAGAAAACUAGUCGAGUUAGAAGGGCUUAAAGCCAUCAUCGAGAUAUUGGAAUCUGGGAACAUGGAAGCUAAAGAAAACGCUUUGAGUGCUCUUUUUCGGUUCACUGAUCCAACCAAUUUCGAAGCUCAGAAAAUGGUGGUUGAACUCGGGACCUAUGAUUUGCUUGUGGAGUUCCUCAAGAAUGGUUCAGUGACAGCAAAGGCACGAGCGGCUGCUCUCAUCGGCGAUCUCUCGAUGCGGAGCUCUGAGCUCACCAAGGCGCCAACCACCCGUCGGUGGUGCUCGUGUUUCGGCGGCACCCGCGUCGCUAUUUGCGCAGCUCAUGGCGGUUUAUGCACCGUGAACGAUACGUUUUGCCUUUUGGAGGCGAAGGCAUUACCUGAGUUAGUCAAACUCUUACAAUCGGAGGUGCAUGCCACAACCUAUGAAGUGAUUCAGACACUUUCAACUCUGGUACAAAAGGAGUCCCCGCGCCGCGGGGCCCACGUUUUAGACGAGAGCGGGGCCGUGGUUCCUAUAUUAAAGGUUUUGAAUUGGGGUUCCGAGUCUUUAAAGGUGGAAGCUUUAGAAGUGUUGGAGAAAGUGUUUAUGGUGACGGAAAUGGUUGACACUUAUGGGUUAACGGCUCGGAUACCGCUUGUUCGGUUAACCGGAGGCAGCAUUCACGAAGACGGGCAUCUUCAGAGGAAGGCGGUUAAAGUAUUGUUGCUCAUUGAACGUCAUUCACGUCGUUCGAAUUCACUUGUAACUGGAAUGAGUGGGUAAAGAUUCCGCUUAGAUGUAUGAUCUUGACGGAAACAGUAGUACUGAUCUUUACGUACAUCCGAUCCUCUGACCCCACCACCGGGUGGGAUAUACAGUGUUUGGUUUGGCUUAUUUGUUAAUGUUCUUGUAGGAUGAGAUGCCAUGGGCACCGACUAUAAGUUCAUCCGUUGUCGUUUUAGUGGUAAUGGUAAUCUGAACUCUAAAGCGAGGGGUUUUCACGUAAAUAGUUGCUCCACCUUUCAAGGUAAAGAAUUACAUAGAUAGGAUACAUGUGGUACUUGUUUUCAUUUGGGUGGGAGAAAAGUCUAUGUAUACGAUUAUAAUCUUU